AUGGCGAUGAGAGCAGCGUUACGAAGGCUGUCCGUAAACCUGCCCCUCAGACCCGUGCAGUCCGUGUGGGCAGCGCACGGUUCCGCGGCUCGGCUCUUUGUGCGCAGCGACGUGACGCGGGCGCUCAGCUGCAGCCCGACACUGUCCACAGCUCUAAAGUUCACAGAUAAACAUGAAUGGGUGCGAAUAGAAGGGAGUGUUGGCACCGUUGGCAUCAGUAAUUAUGCUCAGGAGGCACUGGGUGAUGUGGUAUACUGUGGACUUCCAGAAGUUGGCCAAAACCUUGAGCAAACAGAGGAGUUUGGUGCCUUGGAAAGUGUAAAAGCUGCCAGUGAAUUAUACUCCCCCCUCACUGGUGAAGUGUGUGAAAUCAAUUCAGAACUGGUAGAAAACCCUGGACUUGUAAACAAAGACUGUUAUGGAGAAGGAUGGCUAAUCAAGAUGAAUAUCGAAAAGUCUGAAGAACUUGAUGGAUUGGCUGGCUCGUUCAUAACCCACAAUGCACCGCAUCGUCACUUCCUUUUUCCUUCCGCCAUUUUCCUCCCAGUAGGGAAAUAG